GGGCGGGACUAAAGUGGAAGUGAGACAGAGGCAGGAAAUACAGAUAGUGUGUUUUAUACCGUCGCGUUCACCCCUGAUACAGGAGGAUCACUCAGCAGCGUGUGCAUGAAGACGAGCAGCAGGCAGCAAUGUUAUCAGCAACAGAUCUAAAGACCAAGGAGGAGAAAGAUGCUGAGUUGGAUCGACGCAUCGAAGCCUUAAGGAAAAAGAAUGAAGCUUUAGUUAAGAGGUACCAGGAAAUAGAGGAGGACAAGAAGAAGGCUGAAGAGGAGGGCAUUGCUGUGACAAUGCCUCGAAAGCCUUGCAGUCAUGAACAGGAGAUUGAAAGAAAGAAGUCUGAGAAAGAGAACUUCACUGUCACAGUUGACCUUUCUAAAUCAGCAGGGGAGAAAAGGGCUGUGAAUGACUGGACACACAGAAUGGCUUGUGAUCAGAAGACAUCAGAGAGUGACAGUCAUAGAGGCCAGAACAGAGGACAUAGCCCCAACAGGCGGGCGGGACGUGGACGAGUUGGACGAAGAGGUCAAAGAGGAGGAGGAGGAGGCCAACAGGACAGGAGAGAACGAGAACCCAGAGUGGUCAGAGAUGGAGAACCUGGCAACUUAGGUGGACAGGGGCGCUUAGGAGGAAAGAGGGGGAGAGGAGGAGCAGGAGGAGCAGCACAAGCUGACAGGAAGUCUAAGCAGGAAUGGGAGGAAAAGAGGCGACAGAACAUUGAAAAAAUGAAUGAAGAAAUGGAGAAAAUAGCAGAAUAUGAGAGAGGACAACGGCCGGAUGCAGAUAAACCAAUCCGUAACUUCCUGGAUGACCCGCGCCGUUCAGGCCCUGCACCAGACACCAAUCGUAAGGAAGGCAGCAGGAGGCACAUACGAAACUGGGGAGGGUUGGACUUCGACAACGUGAAGACAGGAGCUGAACUGGAGAAAGAGUGGACAAGUCGAAGGCCUGGUCCAAAAGGAUCCAUAGACAUGACUAUGUCCAUGACGGGCAGGGAGAGAGCCGAAUACCUGAGAUGGAAGAAAGAGCGUGAACAGAUUGAUGAGGAGAGGCUAGCACGGCAUCGUAACGCCAUGGGCCAGUGGAGGAGGGAGUGGGAUGCACAGAAGACUGAAAAUAUGUUUAAAGAGGACCCAUAUCAGGCAACAGAGGGCAUGACAUCUGAGCAGGGCACCAGAAGAGAUGAUAGUAAGCGCCCUCCUAAAGCUCCCACAUUUGGCGACUUCCUAUCCCAAGGCAGGACCCAGGGAACCCGAGGUGACCGAAACCGAGGGAAUAGCAGAGGCGAUAAGCAGAGCUAUAGCAUGCACGACAACCGCUGGGAGGGAGAUAAAGAAGAGGAUAUGGAAAAGGGAGACAAGACCAAUGUCGAGGAGAAGGCAAAGAACAAGGAGGAGGAGCGAGAGAAGCCCAAAGCUGUCACAUUGCAUAAGGAGGAGGAGAAGACCAUCGAUGGAGAGGAUGAUGAUGAUGAGUGGGAGGAUGCCAGUGAUGGAGAGGAUGAUAAUGAAGUGGAUGAAAAGAGUAAUGGCUCAGAGGGAGAACAGAACUCCAGAAAAGAAGGAAAGAAAGACACUGUGAAACAACUGAGUGAAACCAGCUCCCCCAAAUCUCCUGCAUCUUGGUCUCAAACCACAACAACAGGAAGCCCCAAAGACCAGCGGGCUCCCAGGCCGAAGGUUCACAUCCCGCCCAUCAGUGCUACACCGGAGACAGUGGAAGGAGGCAAACCCAUUAGCCCCUUCGCUCUGCUGGACAGCCACCAACCUGUGUCCGACUGGGGAGAGGAGAUGGACAUGUUGUCACCCCGAACCUCCAUAGAAAAUGAUUUGAAACCUCCUAGUGCUGAGGUCAUUCCCCCUCAGAAGAAGAAUCAAGAAGAGGAAAGACGGAGCCCAGCUGCCAGCUCUAGUGAACCUGUUAAACAUCACGUUGACACAGCAGAGCUCCCGUCCUCCGCUGAGAUCCAGGAAAUCAAGCAGACCUCCUCUGAACCAGCAGGCCCAACAGAAGACAGCACAGACUCCACUGGGACGGAUGUGGCACUCUCUGUAGAAAUGGAACUGCCCUCAGGUCAGCCAUCUUUAGGAGGAUCACUCAGCAGCGUGUGCAUGAAGACGAGCAGCAGGCAGCAAUGACUGAAGCUGCAGCCAGCAGCAACCGUGCAAGAUGGACAGAAGGACGAAGAACAGUGGAGGACGAGGAACUGACACAGACGACCUCAUUGCUUGUCCUGGUGUCAUUGUGGUGACACGCACACGGCACAGCUCUGAAAAAAAACAUUAGAGGAUUGUGGGAAGCAGGCGGAGGGACUGUGUUUUUGCCCACAGCCUUGGUCUCUUUCAGCUUCAUGUUCUGUGUGUUACGAUGAUGUUUGUCUCAGUCUAAUUCAGAUGAACUCAUCGCAGCAAAGAUUCCCAUCAGUUUAUUUGUCAGAACUACCAGAAAACUUUCACGUGUUCUCCCAGUGGGUGAUUAUGUUGACCUGGGCGUGUCUUCAUCCGCACAAUAAUUAGUGCUUAUUGAAAUGCACACAGAAUAGAGUUUUGCACAGCAUCGAAGCCACUCAGCCUCUCAGAGCAAACCACAUGCUCAGAACUUGCUCUGCAAUAAAGCUAGAAACCUUCCACAGAGAAACUACCUGCCAAGCAUGGCAGCAACACUCUGCCAGCCCACGGCUGAGCUGUGUGAAGCCACGCAGGUGAUGGAAAAACUUCAAGUCAAGUAAUCAAAUUAUCUGCAUCUCAUUCUGGCCCAAGACCCACUGGAUCCUCUCAAAAGUGCAAUUUUUACAGUGUGAAUAUAGUACGGUUUAAAAAAAAUGAGCGUAUUCUGUAGCGCCUUUAGUCACACGUUGUGAAACCACGUCAAGUUCUGUUCUGUCAUUUACAUCUUCUUUUUUAAACCUUUUUAAGAAUGUGCAAGCUUGAUAUUUUGUUUCUGAUGGAUGACCCAUCAACCUGCUCCUCUCCAGCUCUCUAACAACAUGACAUGACAGAUGUCUGCACACUCAGGAGGGUUGUGUGUCAGUGUUGAUUAUCUUAAUUUCUGCAGCUAAUCAACCCACACCCACUGCAGUCAGGAAGAGGAACCGUGCACAGUUGUUCACCAGUGUGUCCUCCAGUAACGGAUGAAAUGACAAACGUGUUGUUUCGAUCACAGCACCUGACGUACAGUUGUGUUCAAAAUAAUAGUGUCUUUAAAAAGGGAGUAAAGCUCAAAAUCCUUAAAAUAGCUUUUAUUUGCAUACACACAAAUUUAUUGGGAACACUACAUCGCAUUGUUAUUCCAAAUCAAAACAUGAAGAACAAUUUAUCAAAUUUGUUAUUACUUUACAGAAAGUGAAGAAAAGGAACAUUAGGCUGUUUAAAAAUAGCAGUGUCUGUGUUUUUCUUUACAAACUCAAGCAUUUGAUGUAUAAACUGAAAAAUGCUUAUAGAUUUAUCUUUCCUGUGAAUCAUUGAAGUAAUACUUAGUUGUAUAACUGCUGUUUCUGAGAGCUGCUUCACACCUGUGCUGCAUGGAGUCAACCAACUUCUGGCACCUGUGAACAGGUAUUCCAGUCCAGGAUGAUCAGACUACAUCCCACAAUUCCUUUGCAUUUCUUGGUUUUGCUUCAGAAACAGCGUUUUUGAGGUCACCCCACAAGUUUUCCAUUGGAUUAAGGUCCCAGGAUUGGGCUGGCCACUCCAUAACCUUAAUCUUGUUGCUCUGAAACCAAGAUGCAGCUCGCUUGCUGGUGUGUUUGGGAUUGUUGUCACCCACUGAAAGAGAAUUUCCUCCUCAGCAUAAAGCAGCAUAACUUUUUCAAGUGUUUUUGACGUACUGAAACUGAUCCAUGAUCCCUGGUAUGUGAUAAAUCAGCCCGACGCCAUGGAACGAGAAACAUCCACAUAUCAUGAUGCUCCACCAUGCUUCACUGUCUUCACAGUGUACUGUGGCUUGAGUUCAGUCUUUGGGGGUCGUCUGACAAACUGUCUCCAGCCCCUAGACCCAAAAAGAAUAACUUUGCUUUCAUCUGUCUACAAAAUGUUGCAGCGUUUCUCUUUAGUCCAGUCAAUGUGUUCCUCAGCAAAUUGUAACCUCUUCAGCAAAUGUCGUUCCCCCCCCCAACAGUGGGACGCUGCGGGGGCUUCUUGCCAGUUCGCUGCUUUAACGUUUCCUGUAAUCUCCCUGGUGACCCCCUGCAUUUCCCAGAAUGUACCACGGUGCCAGCAGAGUUCUGGCAUUUCAAAGUCAUGGAUGGCGUUGAUUCAGCAAGUUCAUGAGUGAUUAUGAUGAUGACAUGUUCUCCCAAGUUGAGAGGGUUAGCUAGAGGAGGUGUAGCACCUGUGAUGACUUUCUGCUGUGCCCUGGUGUUGUCUUGUUGUCCAUCACAAGGUGUGUUUACAUUGUGCCCUAAACUGGAACUCUGCUGAAACCGACCUCUUGCAUAAGUCAUGGGCCACAAGAUCGGGCGAGAUUCACAACUGCGAAACAGCGAAUAGCUUGGUUUCACAUAGGUGUCUUCUAAUUGUUACAGUACUCGCAGGUAACUUUAGACCUUUUUUGAUCACCCUGGAGCUGAUCAUUGGCUGAGUCUUUGCCAUUCUGGCAAUUCUUCGAUUCAUUUGAAUGGCUGUUUUCCGGUUUCUUCCACAACGUUUUGGUUAUGGUGCCAUUUUAAAGCAUUUGAGAUCAUUUUAGUUGAGCAGUCAGUCAUUUUCUGCACUUCUUUAUAGGUUUUCCCCUCUCCAGUCAACUUUUUACACACAAACAAAACAGAGUUUCAUUACAUUACAUUACAUAUCAAUCAUGAAUCAGCUACAUUUGACAGAAAAGUCUGCAAAUCUUCACAACAUGGAGUUGGAAAAGGACUCUCAAAUAACCAAAUUCAUGGAGGAAAUUGUACAUACUGUAUUAUUGGUUUGGAGGUAGAUAAUUGUAUGAAGAAGUGGAGCUUGUUGAGGGACAAAUUAAUCCAGAAAAAAACACUGUUCCUGUGGGAAAUUCAAUAUAGACGCAACAGAGAACAUUAAAAGGGUCACAUGCACAUUGACAUCAUUGCAUGGCCAUGGAGUUACAGAGCUGAAGAAGGAUAAGUCAGGCUUUAAGAUUUUAAGGUAUCACUCCACAGCUGACUUAGAAAAAAAAAUGACUUGACCAAAUGUAACAUUUUUAAUUCACAUAAUGCCUGAUGCUUUAAGACCAAAAGGAACACAUCAAUAAAAAUUAAGUAACAUGAUAUAAGGUUUGAUUACACAAUUACAUCCUUUAUGCUCUCCUAUUGACCGUUUUUAAGGUAAAGUUGUACUUUCGGUCAAAUUUCACAAAUUUGGAUCCACUCCAAGAAAAAAAAAAACAUAGGCC